AUGCGCUCCAACCUGCACAGCAUGAGCUCCGGCUCUUGGAACAUGAGAGGUCGAGAAGGUCGAGAAGGCACUUAUAUCCGGGUAUCGAAGACUUUCUUGGAGAUGGUGCAGGUCAUGCCGGCGAUGAAUAGAUCAUGCUCGUGGCCACAGAUUGCCGAGAAGAAUGAAGAGAUCUACUGCGAAGGCUGGUUCUCGACACCGGCAUCCAUUCCCUCCAAGUCGGAAGCACAGCUCGAACAGCACGUAGAUUCAAAGAUUCGCUGGCACAGCGCACAUGGUCUGCACCCCGAUGACUCAUUGUGGAACCGUACAUCAAAACUCAUGAUCCGAAGCAUCCCAGCAAGGUGCACGUAUGAAGAGCUUGAGGCAUUGGUGAGAAUCUCUACAGCCUGCGAGUUUCAGCUUUCGUUGCCAUUGAACAAGAGUGGGAGAAAUCGCGGCUAUGCUUUCGUCACCGUACCGGAUGCUGCUUCUAUGCGCUCUUUAGUUCGUGCCAUGUGGGGGCAAAGUGUCCCAACCAGGUGCAGCAGGAGGGCCCUUCUGCUGCAGCCUGCGAACUGGGAGCAUUUGACCCAGACACAUUCAAGCUCUCAGAGUCUGGGAAAAUGA